CUCCAAUUUUAGUUGUAGGGUUAACUUUUGUCUUUUUAGUAAUGAUAUAAGAGGAGCUUAGAAGUGCAAGAGACAUAAGAGAAGGUAAAGACUGGAUUAGUAAUUUCUUAUAUCUCUGUUAUUGCUUACUUGCAGUGUUCCAAUCUGUCAGAUAUCCAAAUUUAUUGCUCUGCACCUUAUCACACCCACUAUUAACUAUCCUGCAUCUUUAUAUUCUCAUUCUUUUCUUUAUCAACUACCCUAACUCUAUGGCCUCACCAUCACCCAAACCACAGAAAAAACUCUCAGAAUUUCUAAAUGAACGACAAGAACCUUUCAUCCUAGAACUCUACUUAUUAGAAAGAUCAAAUUCCUCAAAAACAUUUACUUCAACUUCACCCAAGAGUUUCGAAAAACCUUCCAGCUCUCGCUUCUUAAACAAAAAGAGAAAACCUCUCUUUCCAUUUUGUAAAAUUUUAACAUGUGUACACAAGAAGAAGCUUCCAGCAGCAAUCAAGAAUUCCCACACUACAAGCAAUAAAGAAUUCCCACACUACGAAGCUAACAAUAACAACGUUGAUCGAACACAAACAGCUAUCGAAACAGAUCGUUUCUCGGCUUCCAGAAGCUCCACCGUGUUCCAUUCAUGCUCAGAUAUUGAUGAUGAAGAAGAAAGAACUCCGUUUUCGUCUCACAAAUAUCAUAAUCCUCUGUUUUCUUCAGACAGUGUCUGCAACAUAGGAAUGCAAAGCCAGCAAGAUACCGACAACAUAAAGUGCCACCAGAGAUGCAUAAAAGUGUGUGUGACACAUGAAACAUUGAAUAAGGAUGUUCGUGUUUGCGGUGUGGCUGUGCCUAAGAAAAUCACGGAGGAAUCUCUAUUAUCAGCUGCUAUAUUUAGUUCACUUAUUCAAACAGCAAAGAAAGAUCAGAAGAACUAUACUAAACAACUGAGACAGAUUCUUGAACAUAAAAGAGUGCUGUACAAGACAAAGAAGCUAUUAUUUGAUUGUGUGAAGGAAUUCACCAAAACUAUGAAGAAAAAAGAUUGUAAGAAAUUGAUGGGAGGUGAAAAGUUGGGGAAGAUAAUAUGGAAAAGAAGAGAAGAAGGUGGUGGAAAUUAUGAGAGAAAUAUUACUAAUUUGCUGAAUUUGGAUUACUUGGAUUCAAUUAAUGAAUGGAGUGAGUUUAAGACAGAGAUGAAAGAUAUUAGUAUUGAGAUUGCUGAUGCAAUUUUGGAACGUGUAAUGAAGGAUGAAACUGAUAUUUUGCUACCAACUACACAACAAACUUAAUUUAUGUUGAUGUAAUAUUUCAUACCAUAAACUUAAAUGAUGCGUUGCUUUCUUUCUAUUUCGAAUUGAAAAUAUGAAACAUCAAACGUGUUUGAAAGGAUUCAAAAUGGAAUAAUAUAUAUUUUGAUGAUUCUA